AGUACAAAGUAUUAUCAUUGGCCCCUGUUUCGAUAUGUCUGUCUUGGGUCUGAUGGGGCUUGUAUGUUGUGCUAAGGAGUGGAUUUUGUGCACAUUGCUAUAUAACGUCUCCUUAUCUGCAAUUAGCUCAUUUGCCGCAGGUAUCCGGGGUGGCCUUUUUACGCUCGUAUUUGCCAGGCUGAAUAUUCGACUCCGCAACUGCCUCUUCAAGUCACUGGUUGCUCAGGAGACAAGUUUCUUUGAUGAGAAUCGCACAGGGGACAUCAUCUCCCGGCUGACCUCGGACACAACGAUUGUGAGCGACCUAGUUUCCCAGAACAUUAACAUCUUCCUGCGCAACGUGGUGAAGGCUACAGGCGUGAUUGUCUUCAUGUUCAGCCUGUCCUGGCAGCUCUCUCUGGUGACCUUCAUGGGCUUCCCCAUCAUCAUGCUGGUGUCUGACCUCUACGGGAAAUAUUACAAGAAGCUCUCCAAGGAGGUUCAGAAUGCUUUGGCGAAGGCCAACAACACAGCAGAAGAAACCAUUUCGGCCAUGAAGACUGUGCGCAGCUUUGCAAGCGAGGACAUGGAAGCAAAUGUCUAUUGGGAGAAACUGCAGCAAGUGUACAAACUGAACAGAAAGGAAGCCCUGGCCUAUACGUACUACGUGUGGUCCAGUGGGCUGACUCUUCUGGUGGUGCAAGUCAGUAUCCUUUAUUAUGGUGGCCAUCUGGUGAUCUCUGAGCAAAUGACCAGCGGAAACCUGAUAUCUUUUAUUAUUUAUGAAUUUGUCUUGGGAGAUUGCAUGGAGUCUGUUGGUUCCGUCUACAGCGGAUUAAUGCAGGGAGUAGGAGCUGCUGAGAAAGUGUUUGAGUUUAUAGAUCGCAAGCCGACGAUGGUGAACGAUGGAACCCUGGCCCCAGACCAUGUGGAGGGUAAAGUGGAGUUCAGAAAUGUUACUUUUUCCUAUGCUACCCGGUCUGCAACACAGGUCCUACAGAAUGUGUCCUUCACCCUCUAUCCUGGCAAAGUGACUGCGCUCGUGGGUCCUUCGGGCAGUGGGAAGAGCUCCUGCGUCAAUAUUCUGGAGAAUUUCUACCCUCUUCAAGAUGGGCAGGUCCUGCUGGACGGGCAGCCUAUUAACAUGUAUGAUCACAAGUACCUGCACUCAGUGAUCUCUUUGGUGAGCCAAGAGCCAGUGUUGUUUGCUCGUUCUAUUGCGGAAAAUAUUUCAUACGGUUUAACUUCAGUCUCAUUCGAGUCAGUUGUCCAAGCUGCUCAGAAGGCCAAUGCACAUGCAUUUAUCACAGAGUUGCAAGAUGGCUACAAUACAGAAGCUGGUGAAAAAGGAGCCCAGCUGUCUGGUGGCCAGAAGCAGAGAGUGGCUAUUGCAAGGGCUUUGAUCCGAGCCCCCCCAGUCCUAAUCCUAGAUGAAGCCACAAGUGCCCUGGAUGCAGAGAGUGAACACACGAUUCAGCAAGCAAUUUAUGGUGACUUGCAGAACCACGCUGUACUUGUCAUAGCCCACAGGCUGAGCACUGUCGAGAAGGCACACAACAUCAUUGUUUUAGACAAGGGCCGAGUGGUGCAGCAGGGAAUGCACAAGGAGCUCAUGGAAGAAGGCGGCCUUUAUUCCAAGCUGGUGCAGAGACAGAUCCUCGGGCUCAAAACUGGCACAGGGGACGGCUAUCAUCUGGAGACUAGCUUAGCUGCUGCCAGUGGACAUUCGAUGAAGCCGCCGGGAGGACUGGAUGAAGAGUUCAGGGUGUGACAUGCUCUCUCUGGAUUGAGACAGGAUGGUUACAAUCCUGUAGCUCACAAGUGAGAGAGCACCAGGGAUUCCAUGCAAGAUUCUUGCUGGGAUGCUGAAACAGGAGUCCACUGUAGUCCAGACUCGGACACAUUAAACAAGGCCUGUUUACUAGUCACGCAUACUAACCUUCCAGUAGGCAGACUGGUAAAACAGGGAAACAAUGGGCCUGGUUUAUUAAGGGGAGUUGGGUCUUUAGCAAUUCCCAGGUAUUUCUACUGGGUUUCUUUUCUUAGAGUCAGCAAUUCCCAAGGCAGUUGAUGAGGUCUGUUCUCUCACUGAUAUGCCUGUUUAACUGCUGUUCAUUGUAAUGGGUGUUAUCCACAUGCAUGGAGGGGAAGAAUGAACCCUCUUAAGGAACUUCAGGAGGUAGUUCUGUGAAUUGGUAGGGAGACAUUGAACAUAAAGUAAGAGCUUGAUCCUGCAGUCAGUCUGGUGCCAAUCCCACACUCAGUGAAGUCAAUGGAAAGACUCCCAUUGGUUUCAAUGGGAGCUGGAUCAGCUCCGAAGUGCAGAACUCUUAUUCAAAUCUGAGAGUUCUGCACAGAGUGUCUGCAGGUUCAGGUUCUGGUCUAAACCACUACCAUGCAGAGCUUUUAUUAGCUUAAUUGCAGUGAGCCAGGGGCCCACCGGCAAAUCCUGCCUUCUGAAUCGCUGAUGGAGUUUGGUGAUUUUUUUGUUUGUAAAGGAUGUAAAAUUUUACCAUAGCUUGGUUAAUUUUUUUAAAAUGGCUCUAUCUCUAUGGGCACCAGCAUGGUUUCUGUCUGGCUCCAUCGUCCAUUGAAAGCCAGUCAGUCUUAUGUUUGUUUUUAAAUUCACAAUUUCAGUGCCAGGUUGAGAAAUAUUACCUAAAACCAGGCAUAAAAUAUAAAUGAUGGCACUUUAUAAACCCUACCUAGGCCCCAUUCAACUAUGGGCUAUGCUUCUAGCAGUGACAGUGCAUGAGAAAUCCAAACAGCCGCGUUCCUUGAAAUCUAACUGCAACUGCCUGAAUUCCACAUUUAGUUCUUUGAUUAUUUUUGUUAUUUAUUUAUUUAUUUUAUUAGUCGGAGGGCAGAAAGAAAGAUACCAUUUCUAACUGCAUACAACACUAGUGGAUCUGGUCCAAUCUUACUACCACUCCAUAAAGAUUGGCAGGAAUGUUUAUGCAGCCAGCAAGGUGCUAGUUUAAAAAUAGCAUUAAUUGUAUCUUAUACAGGGAAGAUUGAUUCAGGUUGCGCAAUUAUUUAAUGACCUCAAGCACUUUAGCGCUCGUGUUAAUUACUUUCCGGGGUUUGGAUGCUGCUCUGUAAUACUUCAUGGCAGCUUUCUCGUUUGCAAUGUUGUUAUUUUUUAUUUUUAAAGUGACAUUUUACAAACUGUUUUAGUGUCCUCAAAGGGGAUACUUUAAAAAUAAAAUACUACCUCUGCCGUUCAACUUCA